AUGAACAACACCGAGGAGGUGCAACGUGAGAUGAACGAGGCCGCUCUAAUCCUACUGUCGAUGGCGGACGCUGUAUGGGACUCACCCCAUGUCCACACUUCCGAUGAUGAGGCUCACGCACCUCAGACACCGAUCGACUACGAUAAGAUCGAGGCCGCGGAGAGUCUGUUGUUAUUAUCGACUACCACUCACGUCGUUCAUGCUGAUGAUCAGAUGAACUCUGACUUACCUUCCACUCAACCUGUAGAAGACGACAACGACGACAUCCCUAGACAUACUUCAACAUCGCCUGCUUCUGCUGCUCCUGAUGUUGUUCCUGAUGCUUCUGACUUUCCUGAUGCAGCUUCCUCCUUCACUUCUGUCUCGACCCCUGUCAGCAAUUCCCAGUGGGCUGGACUAAGUGCCGAUCAGCAAGCAAUUCAGCAGAGGCGUCUUGAUAUGUCAGCCAGGCAGCGCCGUCAACACAACCUUCAGUCGUACGACCAUGUCAACGCCCAAGGGCAUGCCAUUGGCCGCUUGUGGCAGACAAUCACCGAGCGUCGCACCUUCCGUCAGAACCAGCGUCGUAGGAGUGCGACUCUGUUGCGUGCCGCCACUACGAGGGGUAGAUCAUUCUCUAACAGGCAUUCGAGCAACUAA